AUGGUCUUUAAAUAAAAAGCCAAAAUAGUAAUUGAAAGUUAAAUCCUCCAAGAAAAAAGAAUCCUUAUGAGUAUUUAUGUAAUCUUUUAUGUUUAAAGUUAUAGCUCUUCGUUGUGAAAAUGGUGCAAUCACUGUUAAGGAAUUUCGAAAAGCCAGUUAUUUUGGAGUUCUGUUGA